UCUCUCCGUGCCUCUGUCCCCGUCCCUGUACCUAUCCUGGUUUCUCCGCAGGACCCUCCAGUGGACAUGGGUGGGGCCCUGGGGCCGGCCCUGCUGCUCACCUCACUCCUCGGGGCCUGGGCAGGGCUGGGCCCGGGGCAGGGUGAGCAGGCUGUGACGGUGGCCGUGGUGUUUGGCAGCUCGGGGCCACCGCAGGCCCAGGCCCGUACCCGCCUCACCCCCCAGAGCUUCCUGGACCUGCCCCUGGAGAUCCAGCCACUCACCGUGAGUGUCAACACCACCAACCCCAGCAGUCUCCUCACCCAGAUCUGCGGGCUCCUGGGCACUGCCCGAGUCCACGGCAUCGUCUUUGAGGACAACGUGGACACCGAGGCCGUGGCCCAGAUCCUCGACUUCAUCUCCUUCCAGACCCACGUGCCUAUCCUCAGCAUCAGUGGGGGCUCCACUGUGGUCCUCACCCCCAAGGAGCCGGGCUCCGCCUUCCUGCAGCUGGGCGUGUCCCUGGAGCAGCAGCUGCAGGUACUGUUCAAGGUGCUGGAGGAGUACGACUGGAGCGCGUUCGCCGUGAUCACCAGCCUGCACCCGGGCCACGCGCUCUUCCUCGAGAGCGUGCGCGCCGUCGCCGACGCCAGCUACGUGGGCUGGCGGCCGCUGGACGUGCUCACGCUGGAGCUGGGCCCCGGCGGGACGCGCGCCCACACCCAGCGCCUGCUGCGCCAGCUCGACGCCCCGGUGCUGGUGGCCUACUGCUCGCGCGAGGAGGCCGAGGUGCUCUUCGCCGAGGCGGCCCAGGCCGGCCUGGUGGGGCCCGGGCACGUGUGGCUGGUGCCCAACCUGGCGCUGGGCAGCACCGACGCGCCCCCCGCCGCCUUCCCCGUGGGCCUCAUCAGCGUCGUCACCGAGAGCUGGCGCCUCAGCCUGCGCCAGAAAGUCCGCGAAGGCGUGGCCAUCCUGGCCCUCGGCGCCCACGGCUACCGGCGCCAGCACGGCGCCCUGCCCGCCCCGGCUGGGGAGUGCCGCGGCCACCCUGGGCCUGUCAGCCCUGCCCGGAAGGCCUUCUACAGGCACCUACUGAAUGUCACCUGGGAGGGCCGGGACUUCUCCUUCAGCCCCGGUGGGUACCUGGUCCAGCCCGCCAUGGUGGUGAUUGCCCUCAACCGGCACCGCCUCUGGGAGAUGGUGGGGCGCUGGGACCAUGGUGUCCUCCACAUGAAGUACCCGGUGUGGCCUCGCUACGGUGCCGCCCUGCAGCCCGUGGUGGACAGCCGGCACCUGACGGUGGCCACGCUGGAAGAGCGACCCUUUGUCAUCGUGGAGAGCCCCGACCCUGGCACAGGCGGCUGCGCGCCCAGCACUGUGCCCUGCCGCCGCCAUGGCAACCACACCUUCAGGUCCGCGAGCACACCCGGGAGACCUGGUGUGAGCCGUGUGCCGCCGUGCGGUGGCGGGUGUUGUGUGUGUCUCAUGCUUGGGUAUAGGGGUGGGCGUCCACCCGCCAGGCUGGGAGGAGCCGCUGGCUCUGACCCCUGCUGGUCUCUUGGUGGCAGCAGUGGUGACACGGCCCCCUACACCAAGCUUUGCUGUAAGGGCUUCUGCAUCGACAUCCUCAAGAAGCUGGCCAAGGUGGUCAAGUUCUCCUACGACCUGUACCUGGUGACCAACGGCAAGCAUGGCAAGAGGGUGCGCGGCGUGUGGAACGGCAUGAUCGGGGAGGUGUACUACAAGCGGGCAGACAUGGCCAUUGGCUCCCUCACCAUCAAUGAGGAGCGCUCCGAGAUCGUGGACUUCUCCGUGCCCUUUGUGGAGACGGGCAUCAGCGUAAUGGUGGCUCGCAGCAACGGCACCGUCUCCCCGUCGGCCUUCCUGGAGCCCUACAGCCCCGCCGUGUGGGUGAUGAUGUUUGCCAUGUGCCUCACCGUGGUGGCCAGCACCGUCUUCAUGUUCGAGUACUUCAGCCCCGUCAGCUACAACCAGCACCUCUCCAGCGGCAAGAAGUCUGGGGGCCCGUCCUUCACCGUCGGCAAGUCUGUGUGGCUGCUCUGGGCGCUGGUCUUCAACAACUCGGUGCCCAUCGAGAACCCCCGGGGCACCACCAGCAAGUUCAUGGUCCUGGUCUGGGCUUUCUUCGCCGUCAUCUUCCUCGCCAGCUACACUGCCAACUUGGCCGCCUUCAUGAUCCAGGAGCAGUACAUCGACACUGUGUCUGGCCUCAGUGACAAGAAGUUCCAGCGGCCUCAGGAUCAGUACCCGCCCUUCCGCUUCGGCACCGUGCCCAACGGCAGCACGGAGCGGAACAUCCGCAACAACUACCACGACAUGCACGCCCACAUGGUCAAGUUCAACCAGCGCUCAGUGGAGGACGCACUUAGCAGCCUCAAGAUGGGGAAGCUGGAUGCCUUCAUCUAUGACGCUGCUGUCCUCAACUACAUGGCGGGCAAGGACGAGGGCUGCAAGCUGGUCACCAUCGGCUCUGGCAAGGUCUUUGCCACCACUGGCUAUGGCAUCGCCAUGCAGAAGGACUCCCACUGGAAGCGGGCCAUAGACCUGGCGCUCCUGCAGUUCCUGGGGGAUGGGGAGACCCAGAAGCUGGAGACGGUGUGGCUCUCGGGGAUCUGCCAGAAUGAGAAGAACGAGGUGAUGAGCAGCAAGCUGGACGUCGAUAACAUGGCCGGCGUCUUCUACAUGCUGCUCGUGGCCAUGGGGCUGGCCCUGCUGGUCUUCGCCUGGGAGCACCUGGUCUACCGGAAGCUGCGCCACUCGCUGCCCGACGCGUCCCGGCUGGACUUGCUGCUGGCCUUUAGCAGGGGCAUCUACAGCUGCUUUAGCGGGGUGCAGAGCCUGGCCAGCCCCGCGCGGCCGCCCAGCCCGGACCUCACCGCCGGCUCGGCCCAGGUCGGCGUGCUCAAGAUGCUGCAGGCGGCGCGCGACAUGGUGACCACGGCGGGCGUGAGCAGCUCCCUGGACCGCGCCACGCGCACCAUCGAGAGCUGGGGCGGCGGCCGCCGUGCGACCCCGCCGCCCGCCUGCCCUAGUCCGCGGCCGCCCACCCCCGGCCCGGCCCCCGAGCCGAGCCCUACGGGCUGCUGGCCGCCGGGCGGGGGCCGCACCGCGCUGGGGCGUAGGGUCCCGCAGCCCCCGGGCCGCCUCCCGAUGCCCGGGUCCUCCCUACCCGACGUCUCCCGGGUGUCUGGCCGGCCAGCCUGGGAGGCGCGGUGGCCGUUGCUGGCCGGGCGCGGCGGGCGGCACCUCUCGGCCUCCGAGCGGCGCGCGCUCCCGGAGCGCCCGCAGUCGCCCGAGCGCUGUCACUACAGCUCCUUCCCUCGAGCCGACCGGUCAGGGUGCCCCUUCCGUCCGCUCUUCCCGGAGCCCCCCGAGCCCGAGGACCUGCCGCUGCUCGGGCCGGAGCAGCUGGCCCGGCGGGAGACUCUCCUGCGCGCGGCCUGGGCCCGAGGUGCGCGCCCGCGCCACGCUUCCCUGCCCAGCUCGGUGACCGAGGCCUUCGCCCGGCCCAGCUCGGAGCCCUCCCGGCGUGCCCGCCCGGCCUGCGGGCGCUGGAUGCAGGCGCAGUCGAUGCGGCUGCCGUCCUACCGGGAGGCCUGCCAGGAGGGGGUGUGGGCAGGGGGGUGGGCAGGGCCCCCCCACUGGCCGCACGGACAGCAUGCCUGCCUCCACGCCCACGCCCACCUGCCGCUUUGCUGGGGCGCUGUCUGCCCUCACCUCCCACCCUGUGCCAGCCACGGCCCCUGGCUUCCUGGGGCUUGGGGGCCUCCGGGGCACAGGGGCAGGACCCUGCGACUGGGCACAGAAUACAGGGACACUGGGGGGCUGGAAGAGGCCAGCAGGGUGGCCUGUGGGAUGCCCGGCUUCCCCCGACCUUGCACCUGGAGGCGGAUCUCCAGCUUGGAAUCAGAAGUGUGAGGUGUCAGCUAUUCUGGUUCCUGCUCAGCUGGAUUCUCCGCGGGGCACUGCCAGCGUUAGCGGGUAGGUGGGCUCGGGCUUUUCUGGCUUCUGCCAUGAAAUCCUGGCCAUGGGAACCCAGUGACAGAUGAUGUCUUCCAUGGUCAGCUCAGCGACCUUAGCAGCCUCAGGUCCUGGUGUGGGCUGGGCUUUUGCUAUCUUCUUAUGACAAUCCCUUCCCAUCUGGCCUGGAGUCACAGG